AUGGCAGUAACUUUUAUGAAGGUUUAUUUAAUACAAUUGUUUAGCCAGAGCAGACUUAAGUCUCCCAUUUUUGCUAUUCAAAGGCAGAACUUGACAGCCAACCAGUUGAGCAGUGGAAAUUCUCCACUAUGUAAUAAAGGUCGAAAUCGAGAGUUACGAGGUACACAGAGGGCCAUAAUGAGAGAUCGAGCCGCGUGAAAACAGGAAAAACAGCUGGAAUUAGAAAUUAAGAAAUGGGCCAAGAUGGGUAACAAAGAAGCCUGCAGGGUUUUAGCUAAACAGCUUGUGCAACUGAGGAAACAGAAAACUAGGAACUUUUGCGUAAGUUCAAAAGUCACUUCUAUGUCUACACAAACUAAAGUAAUGAACUCCCAGAUGAAGAUGGCUGGAGCCAUGUCAACUACUGCAAAAACAAUGCAGGCAGUUAACAAGAAGAUGGAUCCACAAAAGACAUUACAAACAAUGCAGAAUUUCCAGAAGGAAAACAUGAAAAUGGAAAUGACUGAAGAAAUGAUCAAUGAUACACUGGAUGACAUUUUCGAUGCAUCUGAUGAUGAAGAAGAAAGCCAAGAUAUUGUGAACCAGGUGCUUGAUGAAAUUGGAAUUGAAAUCUCUGGAAAGAUGGCCAAAGCACCAUCAGCUGCCCGAGGUUUACCAUCUGCAUCUACAUCAAAAGCAUCUACAAUCUCUGAUGAAGAGAUUGAACGGCAACUUAAAGCUUUGGGAGUAGAUUAGCUGAAAUUUAUUUAGAAUAUGUAUUAAUGAUUUACAAUCAGUAUAAAACUGGCACUGUAGAUUCCUUUUACAAAACUUAUUUAUUGUGAAAAAAAGACAGUCAGUGAAGUUUCAAUCCAUACCUUGUUUGAAAUCUUUUUGCCAAAGAAUGAUUUACAAAAAGAGCAAACAGUUUGAAUCUUAAUUACCAAAUACUUUGAAAUGAUUAUGUCUAAACCUCUUUCCUGCAUGGUAUAUUAUUCUAAGAUUCUGUUAAGUUUGGUGCCAGAUCAUACUUGCAUUCUAAAUCUUUUCUCCCCAUGUAGAGAAAUGGCACUAAACACCAACAUUGCAAAAGAUUCAAAUGAAAAGAGACCUGCAUCUGCUGCUUGUAUUUUGAAACUAAUUUUGAGCCAUGGCCACGAGAACUCCAGUUAUCAAAUUGUAUUUAAAAAUGGUUUGAAAGAAAAGCCCUCUUUCAAUAUGUAAAGUUCACAACUUUUUAAAAGAUUCUUGGCACCUGCCUUAAAUGCUUGUAGCACAAAAAUAUUGUGCAGAUCUUUAAAUUAUUAGUGAAAAACUUGAAUUAUCAGUUUUAAAUUUAAAUUGAGAUCUAGUUUGAGAAUUCUCCAGGUUUCUUAUCUGGGGACCUAUCACUUUACUUAACUAGUUAGUGCACAGAAUUGGUAGUCAAGAGACCUGAGUUCUAGACUGAACUCUGACGAGUGGUGUGGCCUUGGAAAAGUCACCUGCCCUCUCUGUACGUCAGUUUCCUCAAGCUGAAUAAUGAGAGGGUUUGUACAAGAUGAUCUGCAAAAGGUCUCUUCCAGCUCUAAAAUUCUAUAAAAUUAGCAGUGAAGGGCACUGAUUUUUUUUAUUACUAUAAUAAUGUAACAAUUUGUUGAUCCUUGAAAGAACUAUCGUGCCUUUCUCUAUAUGAAUCCUACUCUUCCUUCCACAUUCUUAUGAGCUAUAUUCAUCCUUAGAGUGAAGUUACUUUCCAGAUGCCAUUGUAUCCAGUGUUAAGCACUACUACUAAGAGGAUAUUACACAUUGCAAUUUUAAAGCAAAACUAAUUGAAGUUUUUGUAAAUAAACUUUUGUCAGAAAAAUGCUGCCUAAAAAGUGUAUUAAUAUACUAUGCUGUAUUUUUUUAAGGUAGAAAUGCUGUAGGAUUUAAUGUGUAUAUAUUGGAAAAACUGAACAGAAAUAGGUUCUAAGUCCUUGUGUCCGUUUGUAUUGUUCUUUAAAAUAACUUCAUGAUAGAAAAUGUGUUUAAUACUUUUUCCCUAAGAACAUGUCACAAUAAACAAGGAGAGACCAGAGUUAAGUCAUUUGGAAAAUUGAGGGUGGUGGGAGUUGUUUACUAUUAUGAUGAUGAAUGAAACCCUGAACAAAACCAAAAAUAGGGGAAACAGAUACCCCAUAAGGAUUAAUAGGCAGGAAGGGGAAACUGGACUCUACACUUAGAUAAUCAAAAAAUUGCACUUUGAUUUAGGAUUUGAUAAUGAGAAUUAUUUAGUUCACAUUGCUUCUCUGAACUUUAAAAGCCCACCUAGAGAUUACUGAAUUACGAAAAGAAAAGAAAAAACCUGAAACUCUUUGGUGCUCUUGAGUGUAAAUAAUAGUUCUAACUGUGUUUACUUCUUUUUCAUUUAUUUUUUGGGGGACUCUUCAUUUUUAUAAAUUAUUUUGUUUUAAAAAAUCCAAUAAAGGUUUUAUUCCUGGA